GGAGAAGGUGUCGCCUGGACGUGGAGCCGGGAUCAAAACAUUGAGCCACGUGACGAGCUGCGUCAACCGGGAUGCGUUCAAAAACCCCGGGAGAGAAGACGACUGAAGACAAACUACACGAUACAAAUCAUCGUGGUUUUUCCGACGUUUAUUGAAUGCGGCGUCUCGUUUCUGCCUCCUUCCCACAAUGCACUUGCAGUCGACGCUCGGGUCGGUUGCCAUAGAGACGCGGCUGACAGGAUGCUAGCCUGAUGGACGUCUUGUCAUAAUGUCACACACACGCUGACACGGCGCUGUCCAGAUGUCUCAGUUGUCCGCUGAAGAGGAGCUGGAGCUGCAGUCCCUGCUCAAGCAGCUCCUGAUCAGCGUCAACGACAAGAUCUCUGGUGCGCCGUCGACUGAAUGCGCCGAAGAGAUCCUCCUCCACCUGGAGGAGACCGACAAGAAUUUCCACAACUAUGAGUUUGUCAAGUACCUCCGUCAGUAUGUGGAAAGCUCUCUGGGGACAGUGGUGGAGGAGGAAACCAAGAACUUGACAAGAGGAGAGGGGCAACAUGCAAUCGGCUCGGGUCACGACACCCUGAUCCACGCCAUCACCCGCAGGACCAGGGACUCAGCUGAGUACCAGCAGAUGAUGCAGACCUUAAAAAACACCAUGAUCAUCAUUGUAGAGUCUUUGAUCAACAAGUUUGAGGAGGACCAGAUGAGGAAGGAGGAGAUGCACAGAGAGAGGCAGCACAGUCAGUACAUAGACAACUGCUCCGAUAGCGACUCCUCCUUCAACCAGAGUUAUGCAUUCAUCAGACAAGAGCAGCUGCAGGUCUUGGCUGAGAAACUCGACUCCAGCCAACCCAAAGAGGUGCGCUGGCAGGCUCUUCAGGUCCUGUGCUGUGCCCCCCCCUCUGACGUGCUGAGCUGCGAGAGCUGGAGCAGCCUGCGCAGGAAGCUCUGUGCGGCUCUGACUGAGCCCGACCCAGAUCUCAGUGAUAAUGUGCUGCAGUUCUUUGCUAAAAGCUUCUCCUCCUCCCCACUGAAUGUGACUCGGGAGAUCUACACCAGCCUGGCGAAAAGUGUGGAGGCGAGUUUUGCGUCUCAAAAGCUGAGUUUCCCAGCGGACUCAGCCGACCUGGACAUUGACAGACCUGAGGUCACUCGUCUUCUCAAACAGAUUCGAUUGAUGAAUGACUUUCAAAAGGAGGUGACGACUUUUUGGAUCCGUCAUCCAGAGAAGUAUAUGGAGGAAAUUAUAGAGAGCACUUUCUCCCUGUUGUCCCUCCAUCAUGAACAUGGGACAGAGAAAGUUCUGGAACCAAUUCAUUUACUGGCUUUACUGGAUAUCAAAGCUACCUGGUUUAAUAAGUGGAUGCAUGGCUACUACAGUAGGACGGUGGUUCUCAGACUCCUGGAGAGGAAAUACAAAUCUCUGAUUGUCGCAGCUCUUCAGCGGUGCAUCCAUUACAGUGAAUCCUGCUUCGCCAAUGACACAACUGAUCCCCAGUCAGCAGAGCAGCAGCAGAGCACUGUCCAAAGGAGCGUUUAUUCGGGAAAGGAGCUGGAAUACGCCGUCUUCGUCCACUCCCUGUGUUUCCUGGGAAAACUCCUCAUCUACACCAAUGGAAGAAGUCUCUUCCCCGUCAAAGUGAAGAAGCGCAAAGAUCCAGUCAGCCUGACAGACCUAGUCGUCAUCCUGAUUCACAUCAUGUACCAACACCCCGAGCCUCCUCUCAGUGAUGCCUCAAACACAGACUCGCUGUGGCCCGGCUGUCUGGUGAUGGAGGUGCUGUGGACGGUGUGUGAGAGGACAGAGUGUGCUGCAGAGUGUCUCUACCAGCCGGCUGUCAUAGAGACACUGCUGGCUCCUGUCAUAGCUCUGCUCAACGGACAGCAGUGCAAAUUAAAGUCUCCUGCAGCAACACUGACACUCAUCGCUGACAUUCUGGCUCGCAUCGCAAACACCGACAGAGGAUUAGCUCUCUUCUUGCACGAGAAGAAUCUCCUGGUGGCGCACAGCGAGAGAACCAGUGCCGCUCUUGUCGUUGUGCAGUUCACCCUGAGGCUGCUAAACAAGGAUGUGUCAUCGCUAAGUGAAUGUGAUGCAUCCCAUACAUUAUGUGGAGCUUUUAUCUUCGUGUGUAGGCAGAUGUACAACACCUGUGAGGGUCUGCAGGUCCUGCGACCUCACGGCCUGCACAAGGCUGUGGCUGCUGCAUGGAAAAAGACGAGAACCUCGUCAGAGAGGGUACCGACCCCGGAACCCGACGCUGGAGCCUCCACCCAGGACCUGCAGAACAUACUCAUGUGGGAGGAAACCUUGCUGGACAGCCUGCUGAAUUUCACUGCGACUCCCAAAGGUCUGCUGCUGCUCCAGCAGACGGGGGCCAUCAAUGAAUGUGUCUCCCACAUGUUUUCUCGCUUUACUAAAAAACUACAGGUGAGCCGCUGUGAGAAGUUUGGAUAUGGGGUGAUGGUGACGCAGGUGGCAGCAACGGCUCCUGGGGUGGCGGCUUUGCAUCGUUCAGGCUUCGUGCGGGCGCUGGUGGUCGAGCUGUGGUCAGCACUGGAAUGCGGAAGUGACGACGUGAGGGUGGUGCGUCCCAAAGCGACGCCCAUGGACCCCAUCGACAGGAGCUGCGUUAAGUCCUUCCUGUCCCUGGUCAACCUGCUCUCUUCCUCCCAGUCUGUAUGGGAGCUGCUGGCUCGACAGCCUUUAGCCAACAAGAGUGAAUACACCCUGAGAGAGAUGCCAACCUCCAUUCCUGAUUUGAUUGACAGGCUGAUUGCUGUGAAUUCAGAAGCAAAGAUUCAUUCGCUGUUCCACUAUGAGCAGUCUCACACGUUUGGCCUGAGACUGCUCAGUGUGCUGUGCUGUAAUCUGGACUCCUUCCUGCUGCUGGAGAGCCAGUACAACAUCUGCUCCAUGCUGCUGCUCAGUCAGAGGGACAACGUCACUGAGCCCGACGCCAGCGACGGGGAGUUCAUCAUCGACAGUCUCUCAGUGGAGAGGAAUCACGUGCUGGUCCGUGUCAGUGUGGUCGGGGGUCCCGCUGAGAGGAGGCUUCCUCCCCGAGCUCUGCAAGAGGGUGACGAUCCGUAUCCCUGGCCCAUGUUUUCAAGCUGCCCUCCACCUCAGUGCUACUCCUCAGACCCACCGAGGAUCCUCCAGCACUCACAGGACUCUGAGAUCGGUGCAUUCCUGGCAUCACCAGUAGACCCAGAGAGUGAGGAGAGCUGGAUGGUGACCUGCCGUCGUCACUACUGCAGAGUCAUGACCUCCGAUCCCAGCAUCGUAACUGGAAAGGUGCUGGCUGACCUUCUGGACAAGGUUGUCGUCCAUCUCUCCGGCUCCGCCGCAGAGCGCUUCUUCUCUGCAGCUCAGUACAAAGCAGAGGAGACGAGUGUGAGGAGCGCGGUGUUAUCGUCUGUGGAGCAGCUGGGGAUCAACACAUGUGUCAGGUACAGCCGACACCUCAAGCUUCUCAACGAAGACGCUGUGGACGACUUGACGCUGCUCAUGAAGCACCUGAAGAUCUUCUUGUCCUCUCAGAGAGUUAAAUCUUCCUCAGAGCUCCUCACUCAGCAGGAUUGUUAUCCAGGCCACGACUGGCUGGCCUCCACGGUUUUCCUCAUCAUGGCUGGAGAUUCGGAGCGAUCUCUGCGUUUGCUGCUCGGCCUCUCCUCUCUGCUCACCUCCGCAUUCAUCUGGCCUGCAGGGAUACACGCAUCCGUGCACGUCGCUGUGGAAGCAGCUGAGUCAGGAAUCCCCCCCGUCUACUGGUGUACGGCUCAUUACGUGGAGAUGCUGCUGAAGGUCGAGGUUCCUCUGGUCCACUCGGCGUUCAGGAUGUCGGGUUUCACCCCGUCACAGAUGUGCCUCCACUGGCUGACGCAGUGUUUCUGGAACUAUCUGGACUGGACAGAAAUCUGCCACUACGUCUCCACCUGUGUGGUGAUGGGUCCCGACUACCAGGUUUACCUGUGCGUCGCCAUUUUCAAACACCUGCAGCCGGAGAUUCUGCGGCACACACAGUGCCAGGAGCUGCAGAUCUUCCUCAAGGAGGAGCCGAUUCGGGGCUUCAAGUUCAGCAACUACCUGGAGUUCAUGGAGCGACUGGAGAGAAGCUACAGAGACAUCGUUCUCACCGACAUGAAAACUGUCAGAAACUCUGUAGGACACUGAGGGAGAACUCGACUUUGCUGAGAGAAAUGAAUGUUCCCAGCUGCUGGAUGGAUGACACUCGCAGCCCCACAACAACACGCUGAGCACUCCACCAACUAAACUGCACCAACUUCUGUGGAGUGAGGGGACGUCUGACCCCUUUCCAUCACACAGGAGCAGCCUGGCAGUGCACAGCCCCAGAGGCAGGGGGGCAGAUAAACUUUUCAGAAAAGACAAGACCGAAGAAGAGAGACAAAAUGAUCCAGGGACAGUAAAUGGAAAGAUUCAUCAAAGUGAAAUAUGGAGAAAUAGAGACAAUUUCAGGGCGACGCUUUAAAAUGUGAUCCUGUGCAGAAGUAACACAAAGUCCUGCUUCUGGUUUCUCACGGUUACGGCUUCUUUGGAAAGAGCAGAGCAGAGAUACGUCCUCCAAGGCUGCAGAGACUUAUCUCGCCGGAUUAAAGAAAGAGAAAGAACAAACUUCAAUCCACCUGUUUAUCCUACUCCUGGUUCUUUGUUGGGUCAAGACCCGUCCGCUCCACGCUUACUGGAAAUUGGUUCUCUAGUUUUUGAGUCAUCCUGCUGACCGACAAACGUAAAGAGCGUAUCCCUCCGCCCAAAGGCAACACUCAUCGAUAUCAUUCCUACAAGUCUAUCUGGUUUAUUUAUUUUAUUAUUUAUUAAUUUCUUUUACAAUGAUCCACAAACUUGUCAAAGAACAAAACUUUCUCACAGUUUUUGACUUCUUCAGCCCUCCGAUGAGUUUCAAUAUAAUCGUGUUGGUAGUUUUUGUGUAAUCCUGCUGACAGACACACAAACAGCGUAACUUCCUCGGUGGAGGUAAAAGGUCAACUUCAGGAAAACUCUUUGAACUACUCCACCACCAGAUCAGCCACUUCUUUGAAGAUCACGUGUAUAAAUCACAGUUUCUUCUUCUGAUGCUCAUCUCGUUUUCACCGACAACUUGAGAAUAAUAAAUUAGCUUCAAAACUUUUCUGUUUCUAUACUAAUGCAGAAGAUUAAAGCUUUGAGUUUGAGUUGCUUUUACCCGAAGUUAGAAAUAAACAGAUUAGAUGAAGGAUUUAAAUGAACUUGAUUUAUAUAUUCAGAAGAUUCAGAUUUUAUAUUGAGUUCAGAAUCAUAGAAAGGUAUAAAAACCUAAUCACAGCUCAUCAAAGGGAUUCACCUGUGUGUCUAAUGUGAGCUUCUUUUAACUUUAAAGAGCCACUGCUUUGAUUGUAAUUAGACAAAAUGAGGUGAAGUGAACUGGACGGAGUUUCUGACGAGCUCUAACCUCUGAAGCGGCUCCUCUGCCUGUGUGAGAGUUAACGGAGGAGAAUCAGGUCGACUGGGACUUGAAGUCUGAUGCCCACUGAGGCGCGAGCAGCUUAAUGCCGGACCCUGAGACAUUUCCAUAAAGUACUUGGUUCACUUGCAGGAGUCGACGGGAUGGAAUCCGAGCGAUGAAGAGCCACGUAAUCAUGGCACAGAUGAGUGGACACGUAGUUCUCCUCCACAUGAAAUCUGAAGGCGUGCAGAUGGAGCUGCAGGAGAAAAAAGAGGAACCGGAACUAACGCUAUUCGAAUUAAUUCAAGCCUGAAAUUAAACUCUUUUCUGAUCCAAUA